AUGAAGAUCAAGCGUGAGGUCGGUCCGCUGGAUCACCGCAGGAGACGGACUCGCUGUCUGCCAUGCGCCAAAAGGCGUAUCAAGGCCACAUCUACGACCGAAGUGCACUUCAUCAGCCCCAGAUCCUCUGAAGAAGGCAUGCAAGUCGCUGGACUACCGGCACACGUCAACAUACCCAGCGCUAUACUCUACCUUGACUAUUUUGAUCUCUUCAUGAAGCGCUGUCUGUUUACAGAUGAGUUCAGCGGCCUGGCUGCCGACCUCUUACCCCUGGCCCAAACAUGCUUGCCACUCGGGCAAGUAGUGACAGCGAUUGGCGCACUCGAAGCCAGCCGACGCGCAACAGUCAAGUCCUCUCGCGGGCAGCAGCCACCUUACAUCGUUGCCUUUGUGUCAUACGGGGAAGCCGUCAAGACGCUCCGAGCUCGACUGCAGGUAUCAAACGGGUUCCGCUGCGGUGGAGUUCUCUGGUGCACGCUACUUCUUGGGCUAUUCGAGUUGAAGUUGAUGACUGAAACUUCUGGAGACCUGUGGGCCAAACACAUGCUCUACGGGACGGCUAGGAUCAUCCAGAGCGUAGGAGCAACGGGUUCUUCGACCGUAUCGAGUCAAUUCCGGACACACUUCGACCUGGGCACCCGGCGAUACACGCUCUAG